AUGGACGAGAUCAAGCAGGACUUUCUCGAGUCUCUGGGGGAACUCACGUUCAACUCACGGCCAAUAAUCCAAACACUGACGACUAUUGCCGAUGAGAACAAAGAGUUCGCGCCAGCAGUCGUCGAGGCUGUUCAGCAGCACAUUCUCGCUAGCCCGCCGCCGCUGAAGCUGCCGGCUAUCUACCUCAUGGACUCCAUUUGCAAAAACAUUCGCGUUCCUUACGUUGAUUUAUUUGCUUCAAAAGUGUAUCAGAUAUUUAGCGACUCAUUUAGCGCCGUUCCCGAACCUAUAAGAGUUAAGCUCGGCGAACUGUUUCGAACUUGGACUAUUCCAGGCUCCGAUGGCGAACCGCUGUUCCCGCACGAGAUCUUGCGCCAGAUCGACAACUUUUUGGGCAGAGCCCGCAAUCAGUCCAAUCAGUCCAAGCCCAGUCGCGGCGUGCUCAACCAGACCGUUCUUCUGGUCGAGGUUAACAGAACCCUGAAGGAGGCAGAUGCCCUGGAGAGUGGCCGCGAAGCCGACCAGAUCCGCGGGGUAUUGACCCGUCUACAAGCAGCAUUGUCUGCUCCGGGCGUGGAUCCGUCGAUUUUCUUGAGCAUCCAGCAGCAGCUGGACAAUUUCCAUGGCCGCAUACAGCAUCUUGCUGGCCGGGCAAGAAAACGUGGUGGCGGCGGUCCUGUGCGAAAUGGCAACAGCAACAAACGGUCUAAAGGGUCGAAUGGGCGAAAUGAACGUAAUGAUAUCACCGGGUCUAAUCAAGUUCCAUUAGGGCCCCGGAAGCCUGUCUUGGAAGGCAUUGACUUUGCCAAGCUUGCCCAGUCUAUUAACGUGCUGAAAGAAAAGCCAGCAGAGCCGGCAGAGCCAGCCACUCCAGAUCUGCCAUCACUACUGAGCAACCUGCAAAAGUCAGGUUUGGUGACCCUCACGGCUACCGUCGAACUAUCUACUGCAGGGUUGGCUGCACCGCACCCCGAACUUAUUGCUAAACUGUACGGAGACCGACCCGUACAAUGUGCAACCUGCGGUAUGAGAUUCAUUGACGACGAGGCCGGUCGGGCAGCGAAGGAGCGGGAAAUGGACUGGCAUUUCCGAGUCAACAAAGAAAUACAACAAGGUCGAUCCCGUAAUCGCGUUUGGUACCUGACUCUAGACGAAUGGGUCGCAUACAGAGAUGAGCAGGAGGUCGAAGGUACAACCCAAGACAUUAAACCGACCGAGGACGUUGUUGAUCUUGAGGCCGAGGCCCUCAAGUACGUACCUGUACCCACAGACACUUCGCAGACCGCCUGUCCAGUGUGUCAAGACAAAUUCAACGCAGUCUACUCCGAAGGCGCAGAGGAAUGGGUCUGGAUCAACGCUGUAGAAGUGAACGGAACUUAUUUUAACGCGACGUGCUAUGCUGAUCCUAACAACCAGCAGGUAGUUGCCCAAGUUUUAAAUAGCUAG